ACAACUAAACAAAACACAAAACUUAACAAAAUGUUCAAAUUCAUCGCUGUCUGCUUCUUCGCUUUGUUGGCUGUUGCCGCUGCUAAACCCGGUGUUGUUGCUCCUUUGGCCUACACUGCUCCCGUAGCUGCUGCUUACACCGCUCCUUUGACUUAUGCUGCUGCUCCCGCUGUUGUUGGUCAUGCUUCUUAUGUUGCUCCUUAUGCCUCAACCUAUAACGCCCACACCGUUGCCCACUCUGCUGCCUUCCCUGCCGCUUAUGCUGCUGCUCCAGUUGUAGCUGCUGCCCCUGUUGCUGCUCCAGUUGUACGUGCCGCUUAUGCUGCCACUCCUGUAGUACACGCCGCCCCUGUUGCCGCUCCUCUUUUGUUGAAGAAAUAGAUUAGAGAAUUAAAAGGAUUUGCAUCAAUAAAGAAUUAAU